AUGGGUGUUUCUGUAAUACGUCUCCAUGGAAGCGGCGGGAAGUUUGACCAAUGUGAGAGAGCAGUGGAUAUGUCAGCGGGAUACAGAUAUUUCGCGCAUGCAACAUUUGAUGUACUGAACAUACUGAAAUGGAGGAGACUUCUACUGAUCUUUGAUGAGAGUCGCUUUGUUGAGGCUGGAUAUUUCUAUCUCAACUAUAAGAAGUCAACACUCACCAUGGAUUUAAUCCAGAUGGCAGAGACAAAAGACGCCGAAGAUAGACAAAAAAAAAUUUGGCAAAUAAUAGGACAGAUACAAAGCUACCAACCGGAGGGUAUUCUACUCUACACAGGAAAGGAAAACACAGAUUUGAUCCUGCAACAGGUUCCUUGUCAAAGACAUUUUCCGUAUCAGUGGAUACUCCAAGAACAGGUAUCCCAAAACCAGAGAAGUAUUCCCGACCAUGUAGUCCUGGCAUUUAAGCUCCCAUUUAAAAGCAGCUUUGUUGAUAAACACUUUGGAUCAUCAGAACAAGGAAAAUUCAAAUCUACCAACAAGCUAAAGGUUAAAUUCAACGGUAUGACUGGGUCUGUGCAGUUUGAUGACAGCGGAAACCGAAAAGACGUCUGUCUGGAAAUCUUAAAUCUUCAAAAUGGUUCUUUCCAAAAGAUUGGCUGGUGGAAUUCAACGAAACGAGCAGUUCUUUAUAAGGAUCCAUUACCAAACACUUUACCAGGAUCAUCAAGUAAUGGAGAAUUAAAAGGGAGGCAUUUCAGGAUUGUAUAUGUUAAGGAGCCACCAUUCAUAAUGCCAAAGGAGAAUGAAGAUGGGACGAAUUCACUCCAAGGAUAUUCUAUUGAUCUUCUCAAGGAGCUGUCUCGAUUACUCGGGUUCACAUAUGAAAUGUACCCAUCACCAGAUGGAUUUUAUGGAGCAUUGACGGAAAAUGGAACUUGGAACGGCAUGAUAGGAGAAAUUAUAAACGGGAAUGCGAACAUGGCAGCUGCGCCCGUCACCAUCACUGAAACCCGAGAAAAGGUGGUGGAUUUCACUGUUCCUUACAUGUAUUACACUGACGAUCUACUGGUGAAGAAAACAUCAACAGAGGCAACUGAUUUACUGCAGUUCAUGGAUCCAUUUGAAAAUGGAGUUUGGAUCGCUACUCUGGGUGUAGUGGCCCUCUUCUCUGUUGUUGUCUUUGUAUUAAAUUACUACAGUCCUUAUGGAUACAAAGAUGAAAAUGGCAGAGGAACGUCAGAGGAGUUUAAUUUCUUCAACAGCGUGUGGUUUUCUGUGGCUUGUAUGCUGCAGCAAGGAGGAGAUAGGACACCGAGGAACUUAUCAGGUCGAAUUCUGACCGGUUGCUACUGGUUAUGUAUUCUUGUCUGGGUCUCAACAUACACAGCCAAUCUUGCCGCCUUCCUUACCGUGAAAAAUGCAGCUGAGCCGAUCAACAAUCUGAACGAUAUUUUAAAAACCUCCUACAAAUUGGCAGUUGUCUCCUCCACCAGUGUUUCCGCAACAUUUAGGACAACUCAGUACCAGCCGCACAUGAAGAUUUGGAAAAGGGUCCAAGCAGAUAAAACACUAGUAAAAAGCGCCGGGGUGGGAGUUCAAUGGGUUCGAGAAAAGGAUAAUUUUGCAUUUAUUUAUGACGGACCAGUCCUCAGAUACUUUGCCAUGAAGCGGCCAUGUGACCUUAGAGUAGUUCCAGGUUUAACCACAGCCAAAGGUUUCGCCCUAACUUUCAGAGCGCAUGACCCUCAUACUGACAAAUUUACGCUGACCAUUUUGCACCUUCACGAGAAUCAGUUUCUGGACUCACUGAAGCGCAAAUGGUGGGAUGAUGCCAAUUUUUGUUCUCAGGAUGAAGACACAACUUUGUCUCGUAAGCGACUCAGUCUGAAGAGCAUGUUGGGAGUUUAUGUUGUGCUGAGUGCUGGAGUAGCUGUUGCCUUGGUGACGCUUAUGGCUGAGAUCUACUGGAAAAGAAAAGCUGAACGCACACUGGCCAACAAAGUUCGAACAGGGAACCGAAGGCCAACGAUUCCUGCGUUAGAGUCUAACUACGCCAGGAGGCCUUCGGCAGACUGACUGAAAGGGUAGGAGCAUAGAUUGUUUAAAGUAAACAAGCCACAAAGUAUGAAAAAAAUAAAAAAAGGUCACAUUGUUUGGAAGUUUAGAGCAACAUACCCAAGCUUUGCAGUAGAACAGGAACACUGCUAAGUACACAACGCUUACCGAUGGCAUCAAAACUGAAAGAGUAAAAAAACUUGCACAACUUGCUCUACUUCAAGUGACCUGAUAAACUUAAAAAAUAUUUAAUUAAAAAAGUGCUUCAAUUUAUGAUUUAGUUGAGGGUACAGUACACUCAGCGAAGCUCGAAAAAAACUGUGAGCUGCGAGGAACAGGUAUUGCCCAGGAACAGAUAUACGAGCAUGUUUUCGCGCCAAAUGGAGGCUCAUAUUCUUCAAACAUUUUCAACGCGCGUGACAAAUGUUUACGAACGGCUUCCCGUUUGCGGCGUGGGGUAUUCACUUUUCAGGGUUCUCUGAUAAGAUUUUAUGAACAAAAAAAACAUGUUCCCUCUUCUGUAACACCCACACGACGUUUAUCAUCUUGAAUUAAACUUGAUGCUCAGAGUUUCCUAUAUUGGGCGUAGGGUUUGAAACUAGGGAGUAUCACUUGGGGUAUAUCCUAGGAUAUCGCCCCAUUUUAGUUGAGAAUAUUCGGUCAAGUGAUACAUUUUGACCAAUCGCGCGCGAGCAAAAAGAUUUGUUGGAUUAUGAAUAUAAACAUAUAUAUGAACGGUGGCCUCUAUUUGACGCGAAAAUAUGUUCAUUUCUCUCCCGUAGAUUGUUCGGAAGAAAAAUGACGAUCGAGGAAGACAGUCAGCUUAAAUAUAUUUUCACUCUUGGAAGAGUAUCACAGGAGUUUUGGCAACAUUACUUGAAACAACACAAAUUUUGAGCUCGUCAGUUUUAUUAGUCUGUUACACAUCUUUAGGUCCACACAACCACGUUGCAUUAUACUAAUCUUUAUUUAUUUACGGCGAUACUUGGGAGCUAUACAGUUCUCUUUUGAUUAAGGUUAGUAGAUGAUCAAGCUAAGGCAUGGAAGGUCUGUACGUUACAUGAAGUUUCCAUUUUUUAAACUGACAUUCUAUUGUUUGUCUUGGUAGACAUUCUGUCAUGUCAAUUCAGGUUGGAUGUUAAACAUUUAAAACCCUCAAAAAAACUGUUCUUCAUCCUAAAACAUCAAAAACAAUGUUACAGUGACAUCGUUUGCAAGAGGAAGCACGUGGAGUUUAGACGCAAUUAAUUCGCGUAAAAAGUUUAAGAAAGAUGACAUGCACCUUUAAUUGACACACCCCACACACCCACCCCACCCCUAUAAAACUCGAUGUCGCCCUGACACUUAUUCUGCCAACAAGAACUACAAGGGAUUCCCACGGUUAUCAACAGGACUUCCUAUUGAAGAGAAAACAUAAAAUAAAACAGUCUUCUUACAAGUUAGUUUUCAAACCGUUACUGAUUGCCUGUAUCUUAACAAACUGUCGAUGUAAUUUUAUGUUGACUUGAAAUGAUUUUUUCCACAAAAAAUGACCCCACUAAUGACAUCGUUUAUUUGAAUUUGACGUUGAUUACCACAGAUGAAAAACUCGAUUGAAAUAGCAAUGGUGACGUCAUCUAUGCAUCAGUCCCUCGUGAGAUCAUCACAAUCGAUC